GCCUCCAUUGCGCAGAACCACGUUAAUUGACACUUCUUUAGACCAAUAGAAAUAAGGAAAGCGAAGCAAGUGGGUUAGGUGAUUGGCUGAUGAGAAGACUACGUUCCCUCUAGGACCGAGACAUUCUGACUUAAUUUCCGGGAUCUCCGUCACGUUGGGUUGGACGGGACGAUUCCAGUUAGCUGUUUUGCAGUGUUUCUUUUGGCCAGAAUUGUAUUAGUUUUUGGAUUUUGGAUUUUUUCGUGAUAAGUCCUUUAUGAUGUCACUAUACCUAUAUACGGAUUUUCACUUAGGUCUAGUCUUUCAUCCUUCCCUGCUAUCUGCGGUUUGUCUGAGACUCCUCCCCCUUUCCCCUUAAAGUGCUGAAACAUUUUUGUUGGAGAAAUGUCUUCAGAAUCAGAAAAGGAUAGAGACAGGCUGGUUCAAGCUGCCCAAAAGUUCUUCUUUCAUAUGCAAGAUCUUGCUUCCUUCACUAACAUACUUAUUGAAUUGUUUAACUGCAGUAUGAAUACUCAGAUCAACCACAUGACUGUGAAAGAAGAUGAUAAUAUUAAGGAUGUCUUUGAACAAAUGUUCAAAAUUUUAAAGGAGAUGCAAUCUGUACUGGAGGCAAAGUAUGACCAAAUGCAAAAGGAACCUUUAUGUUCCCAGAUUGUAACAGCUGUUUGUUCCAUAGUUGAGAAGAACACCAAUGUAAAGGAGUUGCAUCAGUCAGCUAAAGAAAUGUUCAAAAAUGUCCACACACCAGUCAUUGUCUCUGUGCUGAAUAGUAGUAACAUCCUGGGGAGUUUAGAAUCUUCUGUCUCACCCUUGAUGAAAUAUCCCAUCAUGAAUCUUCGGUUAAGUGACCUCUAUAGAAAAGACACCAAAGAGCAAUCAGAUGCCACCACAUCUGUGAAAAGCACAAGCCCAGGGCCACCCCAAAUCAGUACAAUAGACACCUUGAAGAAGUUGCAGGGUGCGUCAAAAACUGAGCAAACCAAGAAUACCAUCAAGUCCACUGCAGAUCAGCUGGAGCAAAUUGUCAAAGCUUUGCUACCAAUCUUAGAGGUCCUCCAAAAAGUCAUAAGCACUAUGGAAACCAAGAUGCCUGUGCCUAAGAAGACCAAUGACCAGUAGGAGUGCUCAUUUCUGUCAGAGAAUCAGUGAGUCCUGUGAAAUUUUGGAGUAUGUUCUAAGACCUUUCAUGCUAGAAAUGUGUUAUGUUGAGACAUAAGUGCAAAGAGUAGUCACCCAACAGACCAUUUACCUUGAAUUUUGCUUUAUUCAAAUAAAAAUAAUCAAAGAAA